UCCAGUGUCAGGCUCACAGGCUCCAUCUCCUCAUCACAGCACCACCGACCAUGGCCUCCGACGAGCUGGCCCGCAAACUCCAAUCCCGCCUCGCCGCUACCUCCGCGGGAGAACCGGGCCAAGAAUCUCCAGAGCGCCAGCCUCUUCCUCCACAGAGCCCGGUCCGACCCAGAACCCCCAUGGAUUCCCCGAGCCAUCACACGAACCAGGGGGCCAGCGGCGGCGGAGGAGACGGGGGCGACUCUCCCAGCGAACUGACCGCCAAACUGAACCGAAGACUGGACAUCAACGACGGCAACGCGGCCCCCCGUCUCAGCCGCGUCUUCAACCCCUACACCGAAUUUAAAGAGUUUUCCCGCAAACAGAUCAAAGAUAUGGAGGCCAUGUUCAAGCGAUACGACACAGGCAGAGAUGGCUUCAUCGACCUGAUGGAGCUGAAGCUGAUGAUGGAGAAGCUGGGGGCUCCUCAGACUCACCUCGGGCUCAAAAAUAUGAUCAAGGAAGUGGACGAGGACUUUGACGGCAAACUCAGCUUCAGAGAGUUCCUGUUGAUCUUCCGUCGUGCGGCGGCUGGAGAGCUGCAGGAGGAGAGUGGCCUCAUGGCUCUGGCUCGACUUUCAGAGAUAAACGUCUCCACUGAGGGGGUCAUGGGGGCCAAGGACUUCUUUGAGGCCAAGGCACAGGCUUUGUCUCAGGGCAGCAAGUUCGAAGCGGAGAUCCGAGAAGAGAAAGAGGAGCGGAAGAGGCAAGAGGAGGACAAGAAACAGCGCAGAGCAGCGUUCAAACAGCUGCAGUCCGCCUUCUGCUCGUGAAUCCGCGGGCGUCACUUCAACGUAGGUUAAAUCUGGCACAAAUUGGCACUUUACCUUCAAAAUACAACUCACCUGAAUACCUCAUUUAGUUCACAAUGCCACAACAUACGAGAAACAGCACUAAAUGUGGGAAGGUUUUAAGCGCCUAUAACGAAGUCUGGUCAGUCCGGUCGUUUUGAUUUUUUAGAGACGGUCAGUGUUGAGUUUGUAAGUAUUUUUAUGUUGUUUUAAAUGUUCUAUAGCGUUCAAUAGCUGCAAACAGUGACUAGAUAUGCAGAAGAACUUACCGUGUUUCUGUGGUUAACCAAGCCUUAUGCAAACCACUUUUACUGUAAGGAUUUUAAGACAUGUUAUUUCUCUGCUUCCGUAAGAACCAUUUUCAACACCACCAUUUUAUGUUUUUCCUCUUAAACGUUAAAUGUUACAGGUUUUGUCGGAUGAUCUUGGCGUAUGAAGUAGCGCAACUAAACAAGUCAACUAAAAAAUACUAAGCCUUAGAAUAAGAGUGUAAUAAUAAGGAAAUUAUAAUUUGCAUUUCUGUUUAUGAGGGGAUUUAAACUGGCCAUUGGCUCUUAUAAUGAAUGACAUUUAAAGGUGCAUUGUGUAACUUUUCUGGUAGAGGGUUCGUCAAAUGCUGUUCACCAUGGAGAUGUUAUUGCUUUGUCUAGAAUGUUUCACAGUGUAGUACUAAUUAAACCUUUCUGUCUUCAUGGAGACUAGGGCUGAACGAUUUUAAGAAAAAACUGAAUUGGGAUUUUUCUGGUAGAUAUUGCGAUUUCAUCCACGAUUUUUUUCAAAUCAAGUUUCAGUGCACAUGAACGUUUGCAAACAUCACAGAAACUUACAUCGUACCCAGGACUGAAUCAGAAGGACUAAACCAGGAUUGUACCAGAACUAAAACAGGAUUAAACCAGGUCUAAACCAGGUCUAAACCAGGUCUAAACCAGGUCUAAACCAGGACUAAACCAGGACUAAUCCAGGACUAAAUUAGGACUCUACCAGAAUUACACCAGGUCUAAACCAGGACUACACCAGAACUAAACCAGGUCUAAACCAGGUCUAAACCAGGUCUAAACCAGGACUAAACCAGGACUAAACCAGGUCUAAACCAGGACUAAACCAGGACUAAUCCAGGACUAAAUCAGGACUCUACCAGAAUUACACCAGGUCUAAACCAGGACUAAACCAGGACUACACCAGUUCUAAACCAGGUCUAAACCAGGACUACACCAGAACUAAACCAGGUCUAAACCAGGUCUAAACCAGGUCUAAACCAGGACUAAACCAGGACUAAACCAGGUCUAAACCAGGACUAAACCAGGACUAAUCCAGGACUAAAUCAGGACUCUACCAGAAUUACACCAGGUCUAAACCAGGACUAAACCAGGACUACACCAGUUCUAAACCAGGUCUAAACCAGGACUACACCAGAACUAAACCAGGUCUAAACCAGGUCUAAACCAGGACUAAACCAGGACUAAACCAGGUCUAAACCAGGUCUAAACCAGGUCUAAACCAGGACUAAACCAGGACUAAACCAGGACUGAAUCAGGACUACACCAGGUCCAAACCAGGUCUUCGAUUAAUCAUCAAUUAACAUUUUUAUAUUAAAAUUAUCAUCAUUAUUAUUUAUAUUACUAUACGAUUUUCAGUCCAAAAUGAUAGAUCGUUCAGCCCUAAUAAAAACCAAACCAGGUCAAGUUACAGGUCAGAUCUGUGGAGAGGCGACCCCGCUCACAGUCAGAAUACCUGUUUAGGCAUUUUUGAGCUAUGAAACCACCUGUAAUUGAAUGAAUGUAAGGUAGAGUGGUUUAAUGUCAUACUGUGGAACAUUCUAAGCAGAGCAAUGGCAUAUCCAUAGAAACACGAAGGCGACAGAUCUCCAAACAGAAAGUUCCAUAGUGCAUCUUUUUGGCUGUCCACUUUUCCUUUUAAAUGUUGCACUUCUGUCCCCAAAAUGGCCAACUUCAAGAGCCAGUUUGAAGCCAGUAUAAUAAACACAGAGAUUAUUGUCAGGUAGGGCAUCUGACGUAAAACUUAUAGCCUAUUAUAUAAAUAUGCAAAUCAAUGCUAGGUUGGUCAAAUCUGGAAAAAAAAAAUCUCCAAUAUUAUACUUAAUUCUAACUUAAAAUGCAAAAACACAUCAGCAUUGUGGUUUCAUUCAUUAAUGCUUCGUCGCACUGUGUAACUUUUUGGUUUUGAGGGUCCGUCGCCUGCUUUUUGCUAUGGAUACGUCAUUGCUCUGCCUGGAAUGUUCAUGACAUUAAACAGUUCUACCUUACGUUUAUUCAAUUACAAGCGGUUUUAUGCCUCAAAAAAAAAAAACUAAAACUAGAAAAACAGGCAUUUAAAAAAGCGUUUGACGGACUCUCCAUUAGAAAAGUUACACAAUGCAGCUUUAAUGUUGUUUUGACUAAAUAAACAGCGUUACUCAAACAUGUGUGAAUGAAGCACAACUCAAAAAAAAUUAAAAAAUUACGUAAUAUAGGACCUUAAGUCUAGUAUUGUCAGUAAAAGUAUUUAAACUUGCUGGAAAACGCUAACCAAGGUCCUCUUCGUAAGUCUGUUGUUCUUAAUAGUCCCAGUGUUAAACCUCCAGCCUUUGUUAACUCCUGCAUGUGUUUUUGUCCGAGCUGAUUUCUGUGACCCUGAGGUGAAAGGUCAAAGUGUCAUGUGACCCGUCAUGUGACCCGUGUGUGAUUCAUAUCCGGUGUUAAAACAGCACAGAUGCAUGAGGCACAAGAAGCGUUCAAACGGAGACAGUGUAUUCCCGCGGCGUCGAUCGUGACUGGGGUUAGUGUCACUUAAAGACGCGCUGUGGAACUUUUCUGCUGGUUGCUUGUCUCCAUGGAGAUGUUAUUACGUUGCCUGUAAUGUUCUACAGUGUGGUGUGGUGUUGGACUUGUUUAUCUCCAUGGAAACAAGCAGGUGAUGCCGCAUGGGCAAGUUAAAAGUCAGAUCUGUGGAGAAUAAUUUUUGAGUUAUUUUACCACCAGCAAAACUAAAAUAUCUUCAUUUAGACCAGAAAAGUUACACAGUGCAGCUUCAAGUUCUAUAGACACCAAUCAGGCAAACCAUUAAGACUCUCAAGAUAUUUUGUUAUGAUAAAUGAUGACAAUUUUAAACUCAAACACGGAAGGUGAAGUUUUGGAGAAUCUUAAACCGCAUUGCCAUUAUUAUUAUUUUUUUUACAUAAAAUUUUCAAACCUUGCCGUUCAUAUUUGAUCGGAAUAAUCCCAAAUAAACUGCUCAAAAGUGGAGCUCGAACUGGGAUGAUUCUUGAGUCGAAUUUGCUUUUAUCAGUCGAAACCAUAGCCUGGACUGAGGGAGUGUGAUGUCAUCCACGGCAUUCAGCUCAAGUCAAAUGAAGCUCAUUGAGGCUUUCAGUUAUAAGGGUGUAUUUGGAGCCAAGUAGGAACUGAUUUACAGACAAAAUAGCUCAUGUAGAGUUUUUUAAUACGAAAAUUUAAGACCAAAAUGACAACAUCCACAGCAGCAGUUACAGAGAGAGAGGUGACGUUUUUUCAAUACAAAGUGAAUUGGAGCCAGAGUCGAUGGAGCCGGAAGCGUCCUACAAUCUAUGGUCUAAAUACUUAUGUUAAGACAUGGUUUAUGCUCAGUAAUUUUGGGAAUUACUGGAACUUAAACAUCUCUGUCAACUAAGAUGAACUAGGUUUAUAUUUGUUUGUUUACUAUCAAGUUUAAAUGUGGCAUCAUUCAGUCAGAAAUUAGUUUUUGACACGUCAGACUGUAAACAGAUAUAGCUAACCCGCUCACCGCUGCGUUCCAAAUAGGAAGUAAGUAUGGGGGCGCUUCCUGCUCCACUGACUCUGGCUCUAAUUGACUUUAUAUUGAAAAACUGUCAGUCCUCUCUCUGUAACUGCUGCUGUGAGUCUCGUCAUUUUGCUCUUAAAACAUUCGUACUAACCCGCUCAACGUGAUUCUGGGCUUUUUAUUUCAUUAUUUUGUCUGUAAAUAAAUUCCUAUUACUAUUCCAAAUUCGUUCCUGUAACCGCUAGCCUCGUGAACUUCAUUUGACUGGAGCUGAGCACUGUGAGUCCACUUUUUUAUACAGCCUAUGGUCUUAAUAUGACAAGAUUGUGACUUAAUCUCUAAUGAAACUUUAUUUCCCAUGAUAAAAUCCUCUUGUAACUUUAUAUUGUAUUGUUUAUUUUAGUCCACUGCUCCCCACAUAGCAAAAGGUGCCAAUAUGAAGAGAUAAUCUAUGGACUUAUCUUGUAUUUGUCCGUGGUUUUGCCUGAUUGGUGUAAAUUUAUUGACCGUAUAUGGUGAAACUGACCCCAGAUCAGCAAAGUACAAAGCAUCUUCCAUUUGUAUAACUUUUCUAUGUUUCAUGAAGGACCAUUUUACUUUGUUGCUGUUUUGUGGGUCCAGCCUCCGUCUUUUUGGAGUCGUCGAAUUCUGAAGUUCACUUUAAAGCUAUUUCACUGUGAUGUUUUAAAAGUAUAUGCAGUUGAUUUUUAAUGUCAUUCUUGUGUUUUUCCUGUUCUCUGAUCUCUCAAACAUCUCACUCUGCGGACGUGUCUGCAAAUACAACGUACAUGGAGAUUAUAUGUAGCAGUUAAAGAUGCACUUUGGAACUUUUCUGUUUGAGAGUCCGCGACCUGAUUGUCUCUUCUUUGCCUUGAAGGUUACACAGUAUAGCAGGUGACGCUACCGGGCAGAGUUACAGGUUAGAUCUGUGGAGAGGCAAGCCUGGGCACAGUGUGAAUGCUGGUUUUUCAAUCUAUUUUUGAGCAUAAACACAAUUGUAACUGUAUAAAUGCAAGACGCCUAAUGCCAUACUGUGGAACAUUCAAGGCAAAGCAAUAACAUCGGCAUGGAAACGAGUAAAUGGUGAACCCUCUGUGAGAAAAGUUACAUAGUGCACCUUUAAGGAGGCCACAUUAUCAGAUAUUUUAUGUUUUUCCAAAUUCCAAUGUAAUUACGCAAAGAACUACAAACAUUCAUUUCAAUCAAUCAAACUUUAUUUAUAGAGCACUUUUCAUACAAAAAAUCCAACACAAAGCACUUUUCACAAUAUAAAUUCCUUACAAAUCUGUUAAAUCUGUUCACAAGUAUGUAAUGACAGGCAGACUACUUACAUACAAGUGCUUUGCUGCCCUCUACAGUCUGGGUUGAGUACUGCACUACUUUUGGCCUAUAUUUGGCAGUAAAAGCUGUACUGCACUUUAAACUCUAGUUGAUAAUUAUUUUAAAAACGUAUUAUAUUGAUCAGUAAUGGAAAAAAAAUAUUGUCACAGUGUACAGUUUUUAACAGCUUUUCCGUGUUUCGUUAGUUCUCUAUUUAAAGGGCCCGUUUUACGCUAUUUUCUUUGUUAUAAUGUUGUUGUGUUGUCUCUCAUUCACACAUGUUUAACACACAAACCCUGAAUAUUUAGGCUGAGUUCUUCUCUCCAACUGAAAACACUUGUGAUGUCAUGUGGUAAUACAGGAAGCGCUUUUUAAACUCCAUGCACUUUCACUAGAAUCAUUUGGAUGAUUUCAGCCUCUCUCUAUUCAACUACCGUAAAUUCCAGACUAUAAGCCGCUACUUUUUUCUCACACUUUGAACCCUGCGGCUAAUAAAACAAUGCAGAGAAUAUAUGGGCGGAUUCUUUGUUUGGCACAUUGUCCAUUCAUAAAUACAGUGUAUGGUUUGGCAACACAGCAGAUGCCUGAAUGCAGAAAACGCAGCUGUCUGUGCGGUUACAUAUGGAUCUAGAGUUAACAUGAAGCUGCUACACAAGUAUAUUGUCAGCGUACUCAAACAGUUUAUCGCCAUGUGAUAAAAGAAGUUAUGAUGCUAAAUGAACAUUAGAGAGGAGGAUACGUCUUACCCGUCUGCGUAAAUGACAAGAAGAAACGUCUCAAACGUCAGUAGCCGGACAUCCACUCAUACCUGAUUGAUAGACCUAGCCCCGCCCCCGAGAGAGUCAGAAAUCUGCUGAAAUCCUCCAAGACACUGACAUGAUACAGACAGAAGAGAGACUCUUUCUGCAGGAGACAUAUGCAGGGGAGAGAUGGGGGUGAUGCGCCGAGGAAGUUUUGAACAGUUAUUUUGCGCUUCAUGCACACACCCUCCUCAUGGAAAACACUCGGAGAAAUACAGAUGAUGCAGCUUUUAAGUUAACGGCGACUGAUGUGGCUGUCCAAAAAGGAAACAGCGUGACAAACUGACUCAAAGUAAAAAAACGACAAAAGCUUUCAGAGGCGAUAAAAGCAGAUGACCCGAACUUGAAAACGUUCUUGAAGAUGUGGACACCUGCAGCUUAUAUUCAGGUGCAGCCUAUAUAUGUACAAUACUACCACUUCAUGACAUCACAGGGUGGAACAGAGCAUGUUGAACUUUGGAGAUUUAGACAGACUAAUAAUAAAGAGUUACUCAAACAUGUGUGAAUGAAAUAAAACAACUCCAGGUAUGUUUUGACAUUAUAACACGGCUUAAAGCUCACGAGAGUCAAUUUUGCAGAAUAUGUGACCUUUAAACAACAAAACAGUAACUGCUGAACUAGUUACUUAAUGGCACACUUUGUACCUGUAUAUUUCUCAGUACUGCUUUUUCCAUUUCCGUGUAUUUGUGUAUUGCUUAAAUGUCCCAGAGAUUCAUACAAGUUGAGAGAUUAGUUUUAUUCCUGGAUUUCAAGUCCAGUUCAUAUCUUGCCUAUUUCCGCAUGUCAAACUACUGUUCAUUCCUGUGACAUGUGUUUUUCAUCUAGAGUCUUGUACAUUGUUUUAUUCAAGCAGAGAUUUGAAGAAUGAGUUGCCAAAUCGAAAAAUACAUGGAAUGAAAUAUCUAUUUUUGGGCACUUGUGAAGAUGUGUGGUGUUAUUUUCCCAGUUUGAAUGGAGUCUGUUACUGACUGCAAUAAAAAGAACAUCUUGAAACAGUAA